AUGUCGCAGCAUAUCUACCGGCGGACGCACUCUUAUGGCAUGCCUCUGCUAGCCUUGGCUCUCAAUAUUUCCUGGGAGAUAAUCUUUGCCAUUGGCAUCGCCGAGCAACCUCUCGAGCGCAUCGGCUUUCUCGCCUGGCUUCUCCUUGACAUACCCGUUCUACAGGCAACCAUUCGCGCAGCGCCUCGAGAGUUUGCUCACGCCCCGCUCGUCGCCCGCAAUAUUGUGCCUAUGGUCGCCGUCGGCUGCGCCGGAAACGCCGCGUUCGCGUAUUGGUUCUUUGCCGUUCCCGGUCGCGGGUCCGGUGAUAAGGCUGGCAAAUGGUGGCGCGGCGCAGAGGGCUACGACUGCACCGAGCUGGCGUUCUGGACAGCUGGCAUCGCGCAGCUGACAGUGAGCGCAGGAUGUCUCGCCAUGCUUUUCGAGAGGGCCCACUCCGGAGGCACUAGCUAUGCAAUUUGGUUUACCAGGUCGCUGGGCACAUUGUUGGGUUGGAUAGGACCAUCGGCACUACUUUGGUGCUUCUGGCCAGAAGCUCACGGCUUCUUCGUCAACCCCGUGGCUGUAUUUCUCAUGGCCACAUGUUUGACUUGCGACAUGAUUUAUCCCAUGGUCUUGGCACAAGUUAGACUCACCGAGGUCGUCCUCCCCGAUGGCAGUAUUGUGGCAGGCGGCGAUCAUGCAAAAGCGACACUUGCAAAGAUGCAUUGAGGUCAGAUCUGAAUAGAAAGACACGUCAGACCCAAACUCAACUGGGUUAGUGGCUGACGGAGAACCGCAAGAAGCAACAGCAAAGUCCAUGGAGGAAAUCUCGAGGAGAUGUCUAGACACGAGCGCUAUGUCAAUCGCAUGUCACAUUUAACUGGA